AUGUCGACCACCAUCCAAGUCAAGAACAUCUCCGCGCAGAGCAGCGAGACUGAGAUCAAGGAUUUCUUCUCCUUCUGCGGCAAAAUCCAAUCCCUCUCCGUGAAGCCAGAGACUGGCGAUGCCGGCUCUGCUCAGUCGGCGACGGUGACCUUCGAGAAGGAGACCGCCGCCAAGACCGCCCUCUUGCUCGACAACACGCAGCUCGGCCCAUCCGUCGUCCACGUCACCUCCGCACAGUCGCUUGACCAGCUCGCAAGUGGCAAGACCGCCAGCUCAGCCGACGAGAAGGAGAAGGAUGGCGACGAUAUUGCACAGGAGGACAAGCCCCGCGCUCGCGUCGCUGCGGAGAUGUUGGCCCACGGCUAUGUCAUCAGCGACCAAGCUAUCCAGCGUGCCCUCGCUCUUGACCAGCAGCACGGUGUCAGCACCAAGUUCCAGAAUGCUCUGACCAACUUCGACGCCAAGUACAAGGUCACCGAGCGCGCUCAGGCUGUUGACCAGCAGUACGCCAUCACUGCCAAGGGCAACCAGGCAUGGGCUGGAUUCAACUCGUACUUCGAGAAGGCCGCCAACACCCCAACUGGCCAAAAGAUCCGCGCGUUCUACGAGCAGGGUCAGAAGCAAGUCCUUGAUGUCCACAAUGAGGCCAAGCACCUGGCUUCCAUCAAACAGGGCAAGGCCGAGAACCACCCAGUCGAGGGCAACCCUUCGCGUACUGAGUGCAAGUGCUCGGCCAACAGCGGCAAAUGCUCGUGUGUUCCCGGCGCGUGUGCCUGCUCUGACUGCGGCAAGAACCCAGACGCUCCGGCCACCACCAAGAAGACUGCCGAGGAGGCUCAGAUGGAGAAGGUCACCGUCGGUGGUCAGGAGAAGACCAAGUGCAACUGCGGCGGCUCUGAGACCGCUUGCCCUUGUGAAGCUGGCAAGUGUGCCUGUGCUAGCUGCCCCAAGGCCUCCUAA